AUGAGGGCACAGCUUGGGAGCUCUCUCCCACCAGGAGACAAGCACGGCGUCAGUGUGUAUAUACCGACAUGGGAAGACACUGUAGCUUGGGCUGAAAGAGACCCCGAACUCAUAGCCCAGCUAAAGACCGGAUACCCUCGAUUUUUCGUCCCUCUUGUCGUCAACGAACUCGCAGAACGAUUUCUCGAAUGGACUUCUGAGGGAGCUUCAGGAAUGCUUACAUCCGAAUUUCGAAACGAGCUGAGGCAAUCGUUAAUCGAGCCCGGACGAUCGGCGAUGCUUAUAACAGCAUGUCAUCAUGCCAAAGGCCUUCAAGAAUACCUACAAAGGCAGCCAGAUUUGAAAGCAUUUGUCUUCGUAGUUGAGUUCGACGGUGAUAUUCAUCUUGUCAAGAAGUCAGAGAACAGAACUGACUUGAACAAAAUCUAUGUAGUCGUCUACCCUCAAAGAGGAGCCAGAGAGGCAAAAGCAUUUUGGCAACAUACCGGGUUUGGUAUCUCGAGUCGAAGGGCGACAUAUUGGUUAGAAAAUGCCCCUUUCUUAAACCAAGACCGCGCAUUGCCUGCGGCCACUCUUCCAAUCCAGGAGGCCAAAGAUGCCAAGCUUGCCAUACAACAACGGAUUGCAGACUCGUUCAGUACCAAAGACAACAAGUUGAAAAAGAGCGAUGUGUUAUUAUAUCCCACUGGCAUGUCAGCUAUUAGCCAUAUCCAGGAUAUCGUCAGUCUUUACACUACAACGACAAAGAGGACCAUUGCGAUCUUCGGAUUUUUAUAUGUCGAUACUUUCAAAGUCCUAAACGAGAUCCACGGCUACGAGUGUAAACUCUACGGCGCUACACAAUCCGACCUGGAAACCCUUGAAGAAGACCUGGCAGCAGGUCUGGAGCUAUGUGCCCUCUUUACAGAGUUCCCUGGUAACCCAAUCCUUGGCUCCGUCGAUCUAGAGCGAAUAGAAAGAAUGUCCGAUGAAUACAACUUCUUGUUCGUGGUUGAUGACACAGUCGGUACAUCGGUAAACGUCGACGUUAUCUCACAUUGCGAUGUUGUAUGCACAAGCUUGACAAAGAUGUUUAGUGGAAGCUGCAAUGUCAUGGGAGGAAGCGUGGCCCUGAACCCAAAGGGCAGAGGUCAUUGGGAUAUAAAGAGACGAUUAAAGGUUCGUUCAGUCAACACCUACUUUCCGCUAGAUACGAUUGUUAUGGAGGAAAACAGCGCAGAUUUUGAAGAUCGAGUUAUCAAAGCCAGUCAAAAUGCAGAGCACAUCGCAGAUAUACUUCGCAAGCAUAGUUCGGUUGGGCAAGUCUAUUAUCCAAAGGGAAGCCCGACACAACAACUUUACGAGAAAUAUAAACGGCCUGGAAAAGGGUACGGGUAUCUGCUAUCUAUUCGUUUUAAGACCCCGGCAGCUGCCAUAGCGUUCCACGACGCUCUCGAUGUGGCAAAAGGGCCAAGUUUGGGGACCAACUUCACUCUAGGCUGUGCAUAUACGCUCUUUGCACAUUACCAUGAGCUUGACUGGGCUGAAGAGUAUGGUGUUGUUGAGCAUUUGGUACGAAUCAGCGUGGGGAUCGAGAGUGAUAAGUUCUUGGAUGAGGUUAUCAAGACAGCUCUGGAUGCAGCUGAACGAGCGAAUAAGAAGUGA